AUUCUUCGUCGGUGUGGCGGUAUACCUUUGCAGUCGCACGAUUCCCUCCCACAUGGCAGAGAAACAGCGUACAGGAAAUCUGGAAGCGAAGAGGCCUUCGACCGGCAUGCGUGCUGACAAUUGAUAUCCAACACCCUCGCAGUCUGGCACGUUCGCCGCGGCGGGUCGCCACGCCACUAACGAACCUGCUCUAUUGGGCAGCUUUUGACGAUGAUGCAGAGGGUUACAAGGUUAUUGCUUUUGCAGGAAGGGUUGCGAGCUCAGAGCCUGCGUUCAGCAGGUGCAUCCAAUCCACACCGUGUGAUUACUGCUGCACGGCAGAUCCCCUUGGAAGACAAGGAUCGAUACCUUGGCAUAUAUGCAUUCUUUAGACAGCUUGCGGCUCGGGAACAGGCAGCCCCUCCGUGCAGCGUGCGAAAUGGUCACGUCCGCUAUCUCCAUACGUCUCGCUCAGUUGCUACAAACGAAGUCGGAAAGAAAAAUGACAAGGACUCAGCAUCCGAACAGCCUUCCCCAGAAGAUGAGCUUCGAGACCGUCUUAGCUUAUCACUUCAAACCCAGUCGUCCCAAGAGCCGUUUCACAAUUACCCACGCAGCCUGAGGGAGCUCGCAUUAGAAGUGUCUUCGUUUAGAAGGCAACAAGCAUCGAAUAGCCGCUCUGCUGCAUCUGACGAAGGGUCAGGCGAGCACGGCAAGAGCUCCGAUGGUACAGGUCAUCAUGGCCACAGCCACGGCACUUCGACACGGCCAAACAAAGAAGACCUACUGAAGUAUGCUGGUAAUUUCUGGACAAGGCUGCGCAUUCGUUUCAAAUGGUUCACCAUUCGCUCUUUUCGUCGCUUCAAUGCGGACGACAUCUCGGCCUUCUUCACGCUUGGCUCGGUCGGCACCAUCAUUUGGGUGGUUGUUGGAACGACAACCUUUGUCUCUGUCGUCUUUGCCGCGCUCAACGCUCUCAACUUGCAGCACUGGAUUGCGAGGAAGCUAGCAGACUAUUUGACGAGCGAAACGGGCGUCACCGUCGUAUUCGAGAGCGCCAUCGUGCCGAAAUGGAAGGAUGGUCGCAUCAGCUUCAAGAACGUCUUCAUCUCACGCCGGGCACACAAUGACCCAGAAGCGCUCAAGCGUGAUCGAGACGCUCUGGUAAAGGGCGAUAGGAGGCGGAGAAGACGAGGCACAGCUACAACCGCAGGUCAAGGUAUGGCUUGGGAAGGGAUGUACUAUGAAGACGAGGAGAUCACCGAACCCAUGAGCGACGCAGCUCGCGGCCGAGAUCUGGACAACAACGUCAACAGCAACUAUACCAUGUUCGAUCUCAGCGUCGACAGCAUAGAUGUGCAGCUCAGCUUCAGCAAGUGGUGGGACGGCAAGGGCUUACUCAAAGACGCGGUUAUCAAGGGCAUCCGGGGUAUCGUUGAUCGUCGCAAUGUGUUUUGGGACCCAGAGACGCCGUACGACCCUAAGACAGCUCGCCGCGAACUCCAGCGCGGAGAUUUCGAGCUGGAAUCACUGGAUAUCGAAGAUUUUUUGGUAACUAUCUAUCAGCCUGGCGACUUCCGACCGUUCAACUACAGCGUCUUUAGCGCGCACCUACCAAGGCUCCGCAAGCAGUGGAUUUUGUAUGACCUCCUUUCUGCAGAGCACAUCACAGGACAGGUCGACGGAUGUCUUUUCAGCUUGCACAAGCCGCAGAGCAUCGGUAAGACUACGGAGCGAGAGCGAGAACUCAACAAGAGUCGAUGGGACCAGAUGACACGCAUACGCAUCGACGGUGUCAGCAUCGAUCACAUCCAGAGCCAGCAGAGCGAACUCACCGGACCCAUGGCGUGGAUCACAAGCGGGCGCUUCGACGUGGUCGCUGACCUUCGCUUCCCACGCGAGAUCCCCGACGAUGUGGAUAUCAAUGCGAUCUUCUCGGAGAUCGCUUCCAACAUCUCAGACCUUGUUCACGGGGAUGGGCGCGGCGAGGACGGAGUUGACCGGCCCAUUCCGGGGCAGCACAGGCUCAGCGGUCCGGCGAUCGAGGCACCUGUGACCGCCGUUGGGCCGAACGCGCAGAAAGUCAGCGUCAACCGCGAUGUGACUUCACAACACGGGCGCCGCCAAGGAUUCAAUGAGCCCAGCGCUGAAGGGGUGAAUGCCGGGUCGGAAUUCGCCAAUGACGACGAUGUCGAGCUUGCAAUUCCGCCACCGACGGUGAUAAUCGACCUGGAUGUCCGCUUCAAAGAUAUCAAGGCUGCCGUGCCGCUUUUCACCAAAGAUCUCAGCUAUCGGAACAAUGCGUUUGUGAGGCCGAUAGUAGCUUUCAUGAAUGCGCACCGAACAUUAAUACCAAUACACGCGAGAAUCGUGAUGGACCUCACUGAGUUUGAUGGGUCCAUGGACCUUGCACAGACAGGACUACUUCCGAUAAUGUCUGACAAGAUAUACGAAGCCCUCGCAAACCACGUCGUGUCACAGAAUGCCAAUCAGCAGCGACUGCGCAACAUCAGCGUAUGGAGUCUUAAGAUUCUUGCUGAUACGGCGCUGCGUCUAGUGACACAUUUACGCGACUCAGUCACGCGCACACACACGCAACAUACAGAGGCUGCCGCCGCCACCACGUAGAACGAGCCACGGCAAUGCUUACGCACAACGUAUCUUAACACAUGUAUCCUAGAACCUUGGGUUAUUUACGGGCUUAGUUC